AUGCUUCGCCAUCGAGCCCCGCCCAAUAGCCACACAUUCCCCUCUGUUCUUAAAGCCACUGCUACGCUCUCUCAGUCAUAUAGAAUCGCACCCACGAGUUUCUCGUUAAAUGCUCAAUGUGUUAAAAGAGGCACACUAAAUGACCGGUUUGUCCGAACGUCGUUUAUAUCCCUUUACUCACAAAUUGGUGAUGUAAUUAGUGCACAUAAGAUGUUUGAUGAGAUUUCUCAACCGUGUAUUGUUUCAUGUAAUGCGAUGCUUGAUGCUUUUGGCAAAUGCGGCGAAAUGGAGUCAGCAAAUUCAAUCUUUUUAAGCAUGUCUGAAAGAGAUGUUUACUCCUGGACUAGUAUUAUCAACAGUUAUGCACGUAAUGAACGCUUUGAGGCGGCCGUUAGCUUUUUCAAGAAAAUGAUGACUGAUGACGAUGUUAGUCGUGGUCUUUUCAGGCCGAACGAGGCAACUUUUGUAAGUGUUCUCUCUUCUUGUGCGAACAUGGAUGAUGGCUUUGCUUUAAAACAGGGAAAGCAAAUUCAUGGAUACAUGAUUAGGAGUGAGAAGGAAUUGAGUGUUAAUAUUGGAACGGCACUAAUAGCAUUUUAUGGGAAAAUGGGAUGCUUAGAUUUUGCGUUUAAAGUGUUUGAUGCUAUGAGUAUCAGAGAAGUUUGUGCUUGGAAUGCUAUGAUAUGUUCACUGGCUUCAAAUGGCAGGGAAAGUCAUGCGUUAGAUAUGUUUGAGAUGAUGAAGAGCCUGGGACUGCGUCCAAAUGAAGUUACUUAUGUGGGUGUCCUAUCAGCUUGUGCUCGGAAAAAGCUAGUAGAUUUGGGUUUGGAUUUGUUUCGAUCAAUGGCGCCUGAUUUUUCCAUUACACCCAGAAUGGAACAUUAUGGAUGUGUGGUUGAUCUCUUGGGUAGAGCAGGUCUUUUGAGAGAGGCGUAUGAAUUUGUGGCGACUAUGCCUUUUAAGGCCGAUGCCUCUGUCUUGGGUGCUCUUUUGGGUGCUUGUAGGGUUCAUGGGGAUGUUGAUUUGGGAAAUGAAGUUGGUAGGCAGUUGCUUGAAUUGCAACCUGGUCACUGUGGACGGUAUGUGCUGCUGUCAAGCAUUUAUGCUGGAGCGGGAAUAUGGGACCACGCAGCUACCUUGAGGAAAGUAAUGGCACAUGUCGGGAUUCAGAAAGUUCCGGCUUUUAGUGUGGCUGAUUAA